AUGGUUCUCUUCCCUCUCGUCCUCUUUUCUCUCCCCCUCCUCCUCCCCUUCCCUCUUAAACUUCUCUUUUCGUCUUCUCUUUUCUCUCCUCCUCUUCCUCUUUCUUUUUUCACUUCUCUUUUCGUCUUCUCUUUUCUAUCCUCCCCCUCCUCCCCUUCCCUCUUUCACUUCUCCUUUCUCUUUUCGUCUUCUUUCUCUCCUCCUCCUCCCCUUCCCUCUUUCACUUCUCUUUUCGUCUUCUCUUAUCUCUCCUUCUCCUCCUCCUCAUCCUCCUCCUACCUUUUCCUCUUUCACUUCUCUUUUCUCUUUUCGUCUUCUCUUUUCUCUCCUCCUCCUCCUCCCCUUCCCUCUUUCACUUCUCUUUUCUCUUUCCGUUUUCUUUUUUCUCUCCUCCUCCUCCCCUUCCCUCUUUCACUUCUCUUUUCUCUUUUCGUCUUCUCUUUUCUCUCCUCCUCCUCUUCUCCUAGUCUGUAA